AUGACUGUUCACGAAGUAACCAAAGCCCAGGAGUUCAAGGACGCCCUCAAGUCUCACAAGGUCGUCCUCGUCGAUUUUUUCGCCACAUGGUGUGGACCUUGCAGGGCCAUUGCUCCCAAGGUCAAGGACUGGUCCACCCAAUUCCCCAACAUCCACUACAUCAAGGUCGAUGUCGACGAAGUGCCUGAGGUCGCCCAGGAGUACGGCAUUCGUGCCAUGCCCACAUUUUUCCUCUUCAAGGAUGGAGAGAAGGUUGACGAGGUGAUCGGCGCCGACGUGAAGAAGCUGGAGACCCUCAUCACCGGGAACCACCCGUCGUCAUAG